AACUUCUGGGCCAGCGGAAAAAUUGAACAAAGCUACAAGCAUAGAAGACAAUUGGACUGUGUGUUUAGUUUUCCAUCUUAGAUUUGUAAGCAGCCGGUAGAUUGGAAAUUUGCACACUGGAUUCUUGUUGACAUCCCGAUUUUUCAAGAGAGAAUGCCAGCUUCAGACUUUUCCUGGUCCCCUCACAGACAACCCUUGUGUCAUGGCAUCAAGAGGAAGCUAUCAGUGUUUGCGCAGAGCACUGAGAGUGAAAUGGAGGAAGAGCAGGCUGGGGGAGAUGCUGUUUCUAUAAAGAGACGCUGUAUCACUCUUUCCACUGACAUCAGCCAUGACAUGAACAACAUGUUUGAAAUCAACCACAAUGAUGAACAAGCCUAUGAUCUCAACAACUUCAAUGACAACAACAACUCUAACACUCCCAACAGAAACUCUCUUCAUGUUCAUAAUCAGCAGACCAGUCAGCCUCAGCCUCCCGUGCAGCCUGCUAUGCCAAGGUAUAUUACCAGCCAGCUAACUAACGUGUUUGUCCAGCAAACCCAGCUCACUUGUACAGUCAUAUCACACAACCAGCAGCCAUCUCCUCAGGGGGACAUGAUCAUGGACCUGAAUGAUGAGACCUACUCCAACUCUCAGAUAGACAUCUGUAGCCCCCCGGAACCCUCCCAUUCUGCCAUGGACUCGGACUAUGUACCUGACCCCGAGCAGUAUCAGCUCAACAAGUCAACUAACUCAUUUGGUUGCAGGGAUGGUAGCUCUCCCAAUAACUACAGUACAAACAGUCCAGUCAAGAGUUACUGUCGGCCGUACUGGGACAAUCAGGACCUCCGGCCAUACAUAUCGGACUACUACUAGAAUCUCACACACAGUACUGAAUCUCUCAAAGAAUGCCCAUCGAUCAAGCCAAAUGCAUCUUGCUACUUAUCAAAUAAGUUUUUAUCUAGUUUUAGUAUUUUUUAUUGUAAUUCUUGCAGGUUUUUUGUUGACUUGUUUUGUAUUUUUUUUAAAUUAAAAAAGACAUUAUUUUUUACCUACCCUGUAAAAUGUAAAUAAAUGUAACACAUUUGUACAUAAAUCAUUAGCCUGAAUAUGAAUGUGUUUUGAGGUGUUCGAUACCAUGUAUAAAUGUGUCCUAAUAAUCUGGAGUAACAUAUAUCAGUGUCGGUCAGGCAGUUGGGUAUAACUUGGAUAGAACUUGAUGUACACCAUGUAUCGGUGUAUUUAUUUGCUGUCUCUGUGUCUCUACAUACAUGUACAAUGUACAUGUACAAUAGUUUAUUAUGAGAAGUAACCCAAAGAUUGUGUUUGUAAAGACAGAUACAGAUUCACUGUACUAUAUUUUACAAUAUGUCUACAUUUUAUUUUGUUGUUGUUUACAAUCUUGUUAAGAAUCUUUUAAUCGUAACUUGCAGGUCUGAUUUAAAACUGUACUGCAAUCAACUUAUUGAACAAAAUGAGUUGUGAACAGACUGUGCAGGGUUUGUUGCUGGACUGUACAGGGACAGGGUAACACCGUGUGCAUGAACUAUAUGAAAGAUAUAAAGGGUAUUUAUAUGUGACAUCUCAGUAGAAAAAAGGAAGAAAGUUCAGUUUGUACUUUUUUAGAUAAACUUGCCUACUUAAUGAUCUGAUCAACAGAUUUUGGUUUACUUUUGUUUUAAUUUGAUUGGUUGUAUAAAAGUAAGUUAUCAUAACUUUUCUACAAUAUUAAUAAAAUGCAAUAUUUUGCAAUUAA